AAUAAUAAUAUUAAUAGCAGAAAAUGAAGAAUUGGUUCACGCUUUAGUUUUGUUAAUUUCAUUAUGUUUUCAACGACUUCUCUCUCUAGAUUUAGAUCGUAUAAUAAAACACAACAUUGAAGCUCUCUCUCUCUAGUUCUUGUCCAAAACCCACGUCGAUUCUUCACAAAUCUUCAUUACCCAUAUCUUCUAAUCUAAAAAACGUUUCAGUUUCCUCUUCUAGAUUGUUUCUAUUGUUAAUCUGUUACGGUUCUUUAUAUUCCGACCAGCUGUUGUGAUAUUAAUGCACCUGUAUCAAUGGAGUUAGAUACAUGAAGCAGAAGAAGAACGUGAAUCUUGCGUGUUUUUGUGUGUAAUUGUUGAUGGGUUAUGUUAAUUGUUAUGUAUGUAAUAACAUGCAGUUGUUGAAUUAUUAAGUAAGUACGUGAGAGGCGAUUAAAAUGGCGAAUCAGGUGGUGAAAGUGAAGAGAGAAAGAAUUGCGGCGUGCAUGACAUGUCCUCUCUGUGAUAACUUACUGAGAGAUGCCACUACCAUAUCUGAAUGUCUACACACGUUUUGCAGGAAGUGUAUAUAUAAGAAGAUAUCAGAUGAGGGUGUGGAAUGUUGUCCUAUUUGCAACAUUGAUCUGGGUUGUCUUCCAUUGGAAAAACUAAGGCCCGACAACAAUUUGCAAGAUGUAAGGACCAAGAUUUUUCCAUUAAAAAGAAGAAAGGUUGAGGCACCUGAAGUCACAUCAUCAGUUGUAUUACCAGUUAGAAGGAAGGAGAGAUCGCUUUCAUCAUUGGUGGUCAGUGCUCCCAAAAUAUCAACCCAGACUACGACGACAGGAAAGAGAACAAGACCUUUUCCUAGAAAGGCUAGUUCUUUACGAAAUUCGGGUUUUCCUGUUGAUAAACGCGUUAAAAAUGAGGAAGAUUCCGUGGAAGACCGUUUACGGAACUCAACUUCUUCUGAAACUGUACAUAAGAUCAAUCAGAAUUCAAAGCAGAAUUCUUUUUCUACCGAGGCUGGCGAAUUAGCUCCCAAUUAUGAAGCAGAGAAUGGUGUUGAAUCAUUUGAUGCGAAAUCAGAUCUAUGGCAACCAUUAAAUUGUUUAGUGGAAGUUGCAAACAGAAGCAAGUCUUUCAAGUCCCCACAUUUUUCUGAUAAUAAAGUAGAAUGUAGUAAUGAUCAUGACAAUGAAUCUCAAUUGCAAAAAACAAAGUUGAGAGAAAACAAUGGCAAAUUUAAAGUAGAAGAUGAGAAAAAUCGCAUUGAUGCACCUUCAGAGCCAUCCAGAUCCAAAAGAUCACGCAAACUUCGUCGAAGAAAAGAAGCUACCCUUGAGGAUUCAGGCAUUUCGCCUCAAGCAGUGGUGGAUACGAAUGCCAAGCAUGAGAAAAGAGCUGGCCCAAUUUGGUUUUCACUAGUGGCUUCAGCGGACCAGAAAGGAGAUGAACCAUUGCCACAAAUUCCUAAGAAUUACUUGAGGAUAAAGGAUGGAAAUUUACCUGUGUCGUUUAUCCAAAAGUACCUGAAAAAGAAACUGGACCUAGCUAGUGAAGCCGAGGUGGAGAUUAAAUGUUUGGGAAAACGAGUGAUGCCUACGUUACUGUUGUACAAGUUAGUUGAUUUAUGGAUACAAACAUCAUCAACAUCAGAACAAAUAACAGCAUCGAUAGGCUCUUCAGCUAAGGAAUUUGUAAUGGUGCUGGCCUAUGCUCGGAAGAUUCCGUACCCUGAAUAAUUAUUCUUCCAAAUUUUGCCACUUGGCUCUUCUCUAAUCACCCACAUGUUUGAGCCUCAAUAGCAAUGAGAUGGGAAUUUCCGUUGAUUUCGCAACGGCUGCACCUAAAGUGCUCUUGGGGACGGAAAGCGUGGCACCGUGGCAUAUUAUACUCGUCGACAUUGAAUCAUCAUAGAGUUGGUAAGUGCACAGUUGUCAAAAGGCUUUUAAAAGUAUUACAGUUUUACAUACCACCUUAUAAGAAACUCUGAAAUGUAAUUUUGGACAUUUGUUUCUUAGCUGCAAUUUUGGAACUUGGAUUGGAUACUGCAGAAAAUGUUAGUCUUAUUUGUUAACAUUUAAUCAAAAAACACAUUGAACUUUA